GCCGGGGCGGCAGCACGCGGGGCGCGGGGCGCAGGCCUGAGCCGCGCGCUCGGCCGCAGGUCCCGGGCGCAGCCCUCGCCCGCCCCGCCGCCCGGGCCCGCCAGCCGGAGAGCCCCGCGCGAGACAUGGUGGGCCACCUGCAUCUGCAGGGCAUGGAGGGCAGCCCCCGGGAGCAGAGCCGCGAGGGCCUGCUGGACAGCCCCGACUCCGGGCUGCCCCCCAGCCCCAGUCCCAGCCCGCCCUUCGACGCGCUGGCGCCCGGCAUCCUCGACGCCCACGCGGGGGGCGCCGGCUCGGCCGCCGAGUCCCCCGGAGCCAGCGAGGCCGGAGCGGACCCCCCGGCACCUGCGAUGAGGCCCCGGAUGCUCCCGGUGUUCUUUGGGGAGAGCAUCAAGGUGGACCCAGAGCCCUCACAUGAAAUCCGCUGCAGCUCCGAGGUCAGCUACGCCGCGGAGACGCGCUUCCGGGACAAGGUGUUCUGCGCGCCGCUGCCCACGGUCACCGCCUACAGCGAGACCAUCGUGGCCGCGCCCAACUGCACGUGGCGCAGCUACCGCAGCCAGCUGACCCUGGAGCCGCGCCCGCGCGCCCUGCGCUUCCGCAGCACCGCCUUCAUCUUCCCCAAGCGCGCGCGCAGCACCUUCCGCACCACGCUGCUCUGCAGCCUGGGCCGCGCGCGCCGCUCCUUCACCGCCAGCGUGCAGCUGCGGCCCGGCCAGCCCGCGCCCUAGGCCGCCGCCGCUCUGCCUCCUCCGCCUGGGCCGCGGCGGGCAGGAGCGCGGGGUCUGCCCGCCCUGCAGAGGCUCCCGCCAAGCGGCCCUUUCAGAGUGCGGCGCGCCAGGCCAAGGGGCCCAGCCCAGGGCCAGCUCGGUGGACAUGGAGCGCGAGGGCGGCAAAGGCCAGGGCUGGAGUGGCUCCGCGGGGCGGGGCAUCCUGGGAGGGGCCUGGAGCCACUGCCAUUCCACUGUCCUGCGCCCGGUGUGGACGGUCCAGGCCCGGCCGCCAAGGGAAGGCCUCCCCGCAGGGUGGACAAAUCCCGGGACACCCUCCGGACCAGAACGCUGGGACCUCAAAGCUCUUGUGCCGGGUGCCAGGGGAAGGCGCCUGUCACCUGCCUGGGGCCAAGUCUGGACUGGAGGGCAGCUCCACCUGUUCGCUGGUGAUUCUGAGUGACCGCGCGGGCUGGGCUCUGGCUCCCUGGGGCGGUGCCUGGGCCACUGAACCCAGCCCCGGAAGCCCCCUGUGGCCAGACGUCCCCCUGAACCUUCCUCCCCGAGGCCUGAAGGCGCCCAGUGGCUGGGCCACCUGCUGCUGCCCCGGGAACCCCAGGAGGGGAGGGGACGGCUUCUGGGGCUGGAGCUCCCUCCAUGGGACCAGGAGGGGCAGUGGGCGGCGGGUCCAGGAGAGGCCAGCGCUGACCUGUUUUGAUGUAUCUCCACAGAGCGCGCGUCCCCAGGUGCUUCCCUGAUUCACAGAUAACUUAAGAAGUCCAGCGGUCAUUUAAUAAAGCGUGCG